AUGGCCGAAGAGGAGGAUGGAUACGUGAGAGUUACCGUGGAGGACACCCCCACUACGCCCAAGAAGGCAGAGGUCAGAUUCCAAUCCGAGACCUCGAAGCCACAGAUACAAGGGACUGGCUCCUCCGGAGUCACUGGAAAUAGAGAUUCCUCCAACUCACUGAAGGCUCGAAGUCAGCAAGUGAAGAAGCACCUUCGAGAAGCGUUCCUGCAGGACGCAGUGCCACAGGAGACAGAAGACGAGAUCAAGGAGAGACCCGAGAAGCUGAAGGUUGCCAAGGACUUCAUGAUGCAAACUGCCUGUACGGAUGACCAGUGCCAGUGGAAGCCGCUGAAGACUCCGGUGAAGGAGCUAGGCCAAUAUGGCGUCGGAGUGCAGCUCUAUUUCCAGUUCUUGAUCGAUCUGGGUCUGCUCUUCAUGUUCCUUUUCCUCUUCACGAUCCCAAUGAUGUACUUUUCCCUUGGCGGAUCAAUGCUUGAAGACUUCCCAGAGACGAAGGAGCAGAAUUUUUUCUACAAGCUCAUGGCAGCUUUCACCCCUGCAAACCUCGGGACCUGUGGGGCUGACGCAGCCGAUUGCCUGCGGCAGCAAGACAGGCAUGAUCGCAAGGUCUUUGGUGGAAGCGAGGGUCUGCUCCGAGACGUGACGCCUGCCCUUGGCAUCCUCGACUUCUUGCAGUCGCUCAUCGCCCUGGUCUUCAUCGUCUUUUUCCGGGUCUACAAAAUCCCGAAGGCUGUCCGCAUCCAGGAUGAGGCCAACAUCACUGCGAGCGACUACGCUGUGCGCGUGUCCGGUCUUCCAAGGAAGUUGGACGAGAAGGACCAUCCACAGUAUGAAGACUUGCUGCAGCAGCAUUUCGAGAAUAUCCUCGCGACGGAGUGCGGGAUCUCGGAGCCAGGCAAGGUGGCAGAAGUGACCCUCAUACGUGAGUAUGAUGGCUGCAUCUCCCUCUUCUUGCAGCAGGGCAACCUCCUUGAGGAAAUGCAUGAGGCGGGCGUGGCCUCCAGGCUUGCCAAGAAAGCCGGGAAGGAUAAGGAUGCCGAGAAGCACGAGAAGAAGCGCCAAAAGCUCAAGCAAAAGAUCGAUUCGAUCGAGGACAGCCUGGCGCACCAGUCGGACCUGCAAGACGUCCAGCGUGAGGUUUGUGGCGCCUUCGUCAUGUUUGAAGAGGAGAGGCUCAAGGAUGCCAUUUGCAACGUGUACAAGCCCUUCCGCGGGUGGGCCUCCCGGCUCUUCGAGCCCCACUACCUCCACUUCAAGGACUGGCGUCUGACUGUCACCGAGACCUGCGAGCCCGAAGAGCUCUACUGGGAGAACAUGGACUACAGCUGGUUUUUGCACAAGAUGAGAAAGCUUGCGACACUCACGGUCUCCUUCCUGAUUGUGGUGUUCUGCAUUUUCAUCAUGACCUUCCUUAGAUCUGGGGAGACUGCUGUGGACACCAGCGCCCAAGGCCACGACCUGUGGAUCUUUGAGAUUGCCGACCGGCCGAGGGACGUCCAAGGCGGCCAGUCGGGUCCGGGGCAGUGCAUGGAGCUGUGCCAGCUGGACUUGAUGUUCGACCUCAAGUGCAAAGACACAUGGAGUCCGAGUAUGUACCUCGAGUCCCUCAAAGACGACCAGGGGACCUUCUGGAAUGCCACCUCCAACACGGGAUUGCAUCUGCUGGUCGACUCGGUCACAGAGUGCACCACGGCCAACACCUGGAGGGCACCCUCCUGUACUGCGCCGCCGGGCACGAACGUCACGUCGCACCUGUACUACGAGCUGAACCAAAAAGCAGCCGUCAAGUGUGUCAAGGUCGCGAAGGGGGAGACGGGUGGCGAUGGUGGCGGUGGUGGCGGUGGCGGCGGUGGUGGGCCGCCCGGGCGCCGCCUUCAGCAGGCCCCCGCACCGAUGCGGGUCUACGGGUGCGAUGCGCAGUAUGCCUCGGUCGAGAACAGUUCAGGACUUUUCGAUGCAAAUGGGCAGCCCUUCUCCAUCAGCACUCAUUGUCUGCGAUACGAUGACAUUGUCAUGGAAAGCUACAGCCGCACGCCCGCCAUUCGCCUCAGACAAGACUGUCUCUUCCCAGUGACUAAGGAGGCUGCCCAAGUGGCUCUUGCUGAGGGCGAGGACAAGAUCUUGGGGCCGAGGCUGCGGUGCUACUGCACACAGCAGAUUGCAAACGACCCCUUCUUGCGGAUCCCAGGCUACUACAACAAAGCCGAGAAUGUGGCCGCAGAGAUCUGCGAAGACUUCAUCUGGUACCAGGGCACACAGUUGGGCGUUCGCAUGGGUGGAGUUGUGGCCGUCAUGGUCAUCAACAACAUCUUGCUGGUGCUGUUCGCGUACUUUGACAGCCUGGGUCGGUACCAGACUGCCACGGACCUGGCGGCUUCGCAAGUGUUCAACCUCUUCCUUGCCACCUUGGUGAACACCGCCAUCGUGUACAACUUGAUUGGAAUCAACUUCUACACGAGCAACGACUCAGUUUUCGGAGCGCUGAAGUUCGGGCAGGGCCCUCACGACGACUUGAACCCGAACUGGUUCAUCACGAUCGGAAACAUGCUCGUGAUCACGAUCGUCUGCCAGAUUGCCUGCUCAGUGGCGUUGCCUGUGCUGUGGGUUUGGACGGUCGAUCCGCUCCUGCGGUGGUUCUUCUGCAAAGACACUCAUUCGCAAGAGCUGCUGAACGAGUACCACGUGCUCCCUGAGUGGACGCUAUCGCUGCGCGUGGCAGAAACGCUUGUUGUGGUCUUCUGCGUGCUGAUGUACUCGACCGGCUUCCCUGUACUGUACCUCUUCGGCGCGUUGUACUGCCUCCUCGCCUUCUGGGCUGACAAGUACGCCCUCCUCCGCGGUUCCAGGAAGCCGCCCGGCUACACCAAGAGUGCCAUCGAGAGUGCGGUGAUCAUGUGUCCGUUUGCCAUAUUGUUCCACCUGUUGUUCGCCAUCUGGCUCUUCGGCAACCAGGAUAUCAUGCCCAGCAACUGGGGUGGCUCUCAGAACUUUGCCGCUGGUUUGUUUUCCGUGACUCUGGAUGAGUACAACCGCAUCAUGGAGAUUGUGGCCCAGUCUGGCUUCGACGUGCGCGGGAAGCAAUACUGGGAGUAUCUGAAGGCACGGAUGUCCGAUGCCGGACGUACAGCAGCCGAGCCUUCCUUCAUUCUUCUCAUCAUCAUGUUGAUCUACUACGCCAUAGUCAUCCUAAAGGCGCUCUUCGCGCCAUGCCUCGGGAAUCGCCUCAAUCUGCUGGCUGACUCGGCACUGAAGGCGACUGGGAUCAUCAGAGAGGCCGCUCAAGAAACUGUUACCCUCAGCGAUGCCAAGGCCAAGGGCGAAACCAAGGGCCUCCUUACCUACAGGAUGGCCGAGAACCCGAACUACGAGGAGGCCGUGCUGGCUCUAAGGUUCGAUCCAGACGGCGGUGACAAGGAGGCAAAGGAAAAGCGGAAGUCCGACAAGGGGGUGUCCUUCAGCGCGAUAGAAGAGAAUUUGGAGCGAACGGUGGCGCAGAAAUACCACGAAGCAGAG